AUGGCCGCCUUCAACAUCUCGCUGGGCGCAACUGCCGACGAGCAAGACAAUGUACCUAUUGAUUCUUACUGCCCAAGCUGGACGAGCUACUCCACCUGGGAGCAGCGCCAGUCAAAUGCUCAAGCGCUCGCUGACAAGCUCCGCCAUGGCGCCAUGAAAAACAGUGGGUGCGAGAGCUAUUUGUCAGGGGUGCCCUACUUCGUGGGCGUCGGGUGCCCCUACACCUGGAUGGCCGGAGCAUUCUACGACGCCUGCGUCCUCAGGUACUCGAAUGAGUCUUUCUUCCCCGUCGCCGACCUGUCCAUCGGCUCUACCAUAACCGAUGAGGGCAGGUUCUACGCCCAUGACAUGGAUCGCAUGAGAAAAACACGGCAGAAGCUGAUAAGCCGCUUGUCGUUGGAGGCGGCUGCCUCAUCUCUGCGGUUCGCCAACGGGAGCGAGACAUACAUGGAUCCGCAGAGCAACUCGCAGGCGAUGUUCGGGCUGGUGCAGUGCUCGAGGGACUUGGCACCCAGUGAGUGCACCAAGUGUGCUGAGGACGCGCAUAUAUGGAUGAUAGAACAUUAUCCUAACAGCACCGCUGCUAGCAUCAAGGGGUACAGCUGCUAUGUGAGAUACACCACGGAUCCGAUGGAGAUCACCACCCCUCCUCCAGGUUCAGUACUUCUCUCUACCUUCCCUUAA